AAAUAAUAAUAAAAAAAGAAACUGUGUUUUGCUCUGUUUUUAUUUAAUAGUUUUUUUUUUCCUUUCUCUCUUUGUUGAAACUCAGAUUCAUAUUUCUUACAUCGAAUCGGAACGAGUUGAGUUCUCUGACUCAGUGUCGGGGGUUUCUCUCUCUGCAUGGACGGUCAUUACUCUUCUACCAGCUCCAUCUCAACGGUCAGAUUUGAAUCCAGUAAUCACUCAUUUUCACGCACCAUCAAUGAUCUUCAUCUUCUUCUUCUCUCUCUAUCAUCAGAUUCAUCACCAUUGGAUCUGGAAUUGUUGACGAUUAUGAUGAUCAUGAUGAUUACGAUGGUUCGAUUGUACGGACAGCAAACAUGGAGAAGAAGAAAAGGACUAUGAAGAAGAAGAAGAGCUCUGAAGAAGAAGAAAAGGUUAUUGUAUCGAAACGACGUCGUUUGAAUGGGCUGUGGAAAUUCGAAGGUUGAUGACUUACCUUUAGUAACUCUUUGCCGUGAACGGAGAGACCUAAUCAAAACGGCGUCGGAUCAUCGGUACGCACUCGCUGCCGCUCACGUUAAUUAUUUUCAGUCUCUUAAUGAUAUUGGAAACGCUCUUAGGAAAUUUGUGGACGAAGAACUCGUCGUCUCCGCCUCUUCCGCCGCCGAUUCCUCCUCUGUUCCUGGCUCUCCUGUUCUCACAUUGCCUUCUGACGAAGGCAAAAAGAGAAAGAAGAAGAAGAAACCUGGCGGUGCCGGUGCCGGUGGAGGAGAGAGUAAGAAUUCUUCUUCUUCUACUACUUCGAUUUCGAUUUCUCAUCUAGAGGAAGAUAUUGAGGAUUCUCAUUUGCAUUUGGAAUCUUCUGGUUCCGAUUUGGAUUCUGAAUUGGAUUCUGCCUCCGGUCACAUUCAUAUGGAGGAUAGCCAUAGCCAUAGCCACGGUCACGGUCACGGUCAGGGGCAGGGUCAUACCCAUCAGAACCCUUAUCCUUAUCCUCAAAGCUAUCCUCAGAAUGAUUAUUGGGCUUCUUCUCAGAUUCCUCCUCAAGGAAUUUACCCUCCUAAUUAUUGGGCUUCUUCUCAGUUUCCUCCUCCCGUAACUUAUCCACCUCCUCAGAGUGAUUGGAAUUCUCAGAUUCAUAACGGGAAUGGAGUUAAUUCCUACAUGUAUUACGCCAAAAGGUCAGGGACGAACAUACAAUCCAGAGUCUAUGAGGAGCCUGAAACUGAAAGGUAUACUACUAGUGCCUCAUCUUAUGGCUACACUAGUAAUCCACUGUACGGUGGUGGCGGCGGCGGUGGUGGGUUUUUUGGUUUCUCAAUGGGUUCGCCGCCACCGCAGCAGCAGCAGGGUCCGCCGCCGGUGGUGGCUCCGCCUUCCCCACCGAGAGUUUCAACUUGGGAUUACCUUAAUUUCUUUGAUACUUAUGAUAACAGUAAUUAUUCGGGUAUGAGAUACGGGUACGGGUCGAAUACGAGUAGUCCUGAUUCGAAAGAAGUGAGGGAGAGAGAAGGAAUACCUGAGUUGGAAGAUGAAACAGAUGUAGAAAGAAUGAAGGUGAGAGCAGCUACUAAGACAAAGAUGAAUCCUGAUAAUAAUAAUAACAAUUUGGGAGUGAAGAAGAAGAAGAAGAUGAUGGAUGAAGAUGUUUUGAAGAGGAAUAAGAAUUCAGGUGAAGGGACUUCUAGAGCUGCUGCUGCUCAUCAUCCUCCUCAUGUACCUUCUUCUUCAUCAAGUUCUUGGCCAACUAGGAGCAAUGAUAGUCCAGAAUCUAUUCCAGAGUCUAUUCGAGAGACUGAGAUUAGUUCAGAAACAGUUGAUACUAGUGUGUUGUCUUCUAAGAGUCCUCAAGAAGAAGAAGAAGGGUAUUCUACUAGGAAGAAAGGAGUGAGUUUUGAGAUUGAUGAAUCACCUAAUACUGAAGUUGAGUCUUCUAAGAUGAGUAGCUUGACUACAUUGUCUGUUCAUGGUACAAGAGAUCUUCAGGAAGUUGUUAAGGAAAUUAAAGAUGAAUUCGAAACUGCUUCGGGUUUUGGUAAGGAGGUGGCUGUGUUACUUGAAGUUGGCAAGUUGCCUUAUCAGCCUAGAGCCACUUCACUUAAAGUGAUUAUUUCCAGGAUUCUGUACAUUAUAGCCCCUUCAAGGCCCCCACCCAGGCGGCGUGUAAGGAUAUCAUCAAAAACGUUGAAACUAGCAAAAGCAUACGGUGGAGGUCCUGGAAAAGAGUCUGAAAUGAGGUCUGGAAACCUUUCUUCCACUCUGGAGAAACUUUAUGCUUGGGAGAAGAAGCUUUAUAAAGAAGUUAAGGAGGAAGAAAGGUUACGCGUUAUUUAUGAGAAGAUGUGCAAGAGACUAAAGUACCUAGAUGAGCAUGGAGCUGAGCCCGUGAAGAUUGAUGCUACCCAAGCUUCAAUCCGAAAAUUACUGACAAAACUUAAUAUUUGUAUAAAGGCUGUCGAUGCCAUUGCAUCUAGGAUACACAAGUUGAGGGAUGAAGAGUUGUUGCCUCAAAUCACGGAAUUAAUUCAUGGAUUGAUAAGAAUGUGGAAGUCCAUGUUUAAGUGUCAUCAGAAACAAUUCCAAGCUAUCAUGGAGAGUAAAAUGCGCUCUCUUAGGGUGCACGCCACUCGAAGAGAGACGGGUCUGAAAGCUACUGUUGAACUUGAAAUGGAGCUUUUGAAUUGGUGCAACUGCUUUAACAAUUGGGUUACUAUGCAAAAAUCUUAUGUUGAGUCCUUAAAUGGAUGGCUUUUAAGGUGUCUUCUCCACGAACCCGAAGAAACAGCAGAUGGUAUAGCUCCUUUUUCACCAAGCCGUAUGGGAGCACCAGCAAUCUUCGUAAUAUGUAAUGAUUGGUUUCAAGCAAUGGAAAGAAUUUCAGAACAAAAGGUAUCAAAAGCAAUGAAUGAAUUUGCCGGAACACUGCGCCAAUUAUGGGAAAGACAAGACGAGGAACAACGACAGAGAAUUAAAGCAGAGUUUCUCUCCAAAGAUGUCGAUAAGCGACUUAGACACUUGCGCAUGGAGAAUGGAAAACUAGAGCACGAUCAUCGCGAUGCAUCCUCAGACAAAACAACAACUCUGUCAAAAGUCCAUUCCGGUAGUGGAAUUUCUCCAUUAGAUGAUUUAAAAGUUGAUUUAGAUUCAAUGCGAAAGAAAUUAGCCGAAGAAAAGGCAAGACAUAAGCAGGCUGUCAAACUUGUUCACGAUGCAGCUUCAAAUAGUUUACAAGCGGGAUUGACCCCGAUUUUCGAGGCUCUUGGUAGCUUCAGUUCAGAGGUUCUUAAGGCUCAUGAGCAAGUUCGGCUUCGAAAUUGUGAAGGAUCAUAAGGAUGAAGCUAAACUUCAUCAUGUAUAUGUAUUUAGGAGAUGAUGGUUAGGUAUUUAGGUAUAGAAUGAAGAAGAAAGAUUGGAGGAAAGUUAUUUAUUGAGCAUAGGAUUGUUUAUCUUGAAAUUUUCUUCCAAGAAAAUAGGUAGGAAUUUUUGUACAGGAAUUCAUUUAUUGGUUGAUUGGUUUGGAAGUGGCUGUAGUGAUGGGAAGAUGUAGUAGUUUAAGUUUUGUAGAAGGAAUUAUAUAUCAACAAUUUUGGCUCAUCAUUUUUCAAA